AUGGGAGAAUACAGAGCUGAGAAGAGGAAGCUCGAGAUGACUGCGUUGCCGGCUGAUGAAGCUGUUCUUAGAAGGGAGCACACGGCUAUCACUCAGGAUGUGUUGGACAGAUUCGACAGUGAUGAGGAAACGGUCGCCGACUCUGCCGCAUAUAAGGACUUCCGUUCGCAGUUGGACCGCAACAUGGGGGCUGAGUGGGACAGGUUGCGGAAGAAGAACAUCGAGCUGUGGAAGGUUCAUUCGGAUGAUGCCACGGCAUGUGCUUUGGAAAUGAACCAGAAAUACAUUAAAGAGUCCUGUCCCCAAGGGUGGAUGUGUCUGUUCAUGUUGUGGCCGAGCGCUCACGCUGCGCGGGUGAAGUCAAACUUGGACGAGUGUUUCGACACCAAGGCAAGUGUGAAGAUGCCAAUAUCGAUGCGACAGGCGGUGUUCGAUAGCUGGUAUGAAAAGGAGUUGGGGAAAGAGGCCGCUGAGGUGAGGCAAAAUCUGAUGGUAUUCCUCUUCACGCUGACUCUGCCUGUGGUUUGGAUAAAGGAGUUGGUAUGCGCUGAGAAGCAUGAGGAUGGUCGUGGUGCGGUUUCCCGAAAUUACGGUGAUGAACUAUCAGCGGAUGAGGCCUCAGAGCUCAUUGGUGCUCCAUUCAACGCCGAUUUCGGCCGAGGGAUGGAUACUGGUAUGAUUCUUCCGAUGGGUGGGUUCUCACUCAUCCCGAUGAACGAACUUUACGAUGCAAUCGAUGAUGUCCAUGAGUUGGCUGGCGGAGACAAGGCGGCGAUUGCUCGAGCGCAGCAGCCGAAGCGACUCCGACAUGGGAUGGUCCCUGUGGGCAACGUUCUCAACGAACUACUCGGGCAAAUGUUGAGUCAGAUGAUGACCGGUUCGUUGGGGGGGAUAGAAGGGGAGUCCACCUUUAGCAUGAAUACGACGGCCAGCGAGGUUGUUAUUGCUGGUCAAAUCCCGAAGCAGACUCUACGGAGUGAACUCGGAGAAGAGGACAACGGUAUCACCGUGAAGCAAAUUGGUAGGGGUAUCGCACUACAAGUGAGGAAGACUGACGGCCCGUUGGUGACGGAGAUCCAAAGAUAUUAUCCGAUGUCGGAUGACUGCUUGCUGGAAAAGACGAAGGUUGUCUAUGAUCAGAAGAGUGGCAAGCUCCGAGUGACCGUCCCCCGGAACUCGGACAUGUCUGCUACUGAUGGCGGCACAGUAAGCAACCCUGGGGCGCAUUCGGAGGAGAUCAAAAGGCAGCUCGAUGAGGAAGCACAGAGAGAUGGUGUUAAGGUCCGCUUUGGUGAUGAUGAUACUCUCACUGUCAUCGUCCCGACCUCACUCGGUCGAAUGGCUAGGUUUAAUGGGAGCCGCAUCGAGUUGGAAAGUGGCCGAGUUGUGACGAUACCUGUGGAAGUGAAGACGCUACUGGAUGAGUAUGAGGCUGAUGAACUCGAUGCGAGAGAGUAUACAUUCAGAAGCUCCGAGGUAUCGAGGAAAAUACCGAUAACCAAUGAUGAGCUCUAG